AUGCAACUAUCAUUCUCCAUCGACAUCAGCAACAAGGAAGCAGGAGUAAAUGCACUCGAUGCCAACGAACUCUUCACAUUCACUUCCAUGCAUGCCGUUCACGCCGUUCCCGAGGAAGUCGUCAACGGUACCGAGCCUACGGGUGGCAUCGCUGGCGCUUCCGGAACAUUCAACUUCGGAAUCAACAGCGCAGCCAACAUGAUCUGUUACAACAUCACCCUGCACAACUUCCAGGGCAAGUUUGACUCCCCAGCCACAACUGCAACCCACAUCCACGAGGCUGCGCGCGGCGCAAGCGGACCACCCAGAAUCGCAUUCCCCAACCCGGAACCGGUCAAUGGAGAUGUGGCAGUGCGAAACAGCGCAGGAUGCCUGAAGGGGCCCUUUACUACUGGCGUCAUGGUCGAGGGCAAGGAUUCAGGCGAGGGCUUCCACGUGAGCAUGAUUGAGGCGAACCCUGCUGCAUUCAUGGCAGACACUCAUUCCAGUUUGGCGCUGCCUGGUGCGGUCCGUGGCCAACUGGCUUAA